AAUGGCGGCGGCGGCGCCGUGAGCUUGUGGGCCGCACUGCUCCUGGUGGCCGUGGCGCUGAGGCCGGCACGGGCGGUGUCUGAGCCCACGACGGUGGCCUUUGACGUGCGGCCCGGCGGUGUGGUGCACUCCUUCUACCAGAACGUGGGCCCUGGGGACAAAUAUACCUGUGUGUUCACCUACGCAUCUCAAGGAGGGACCAAUGAGAAGUGGCAGAUGAGUCUGGGGAUCAGCGAAGACCAGCAGCACUUCACCUGCACCAUCUGGAGGCCCCAGGGCAAGUCCUACUUGUACUUUACGCAGUUCAAGGUGGAGGUGCGGGGUGCUGAGAUCGAGUACGGCAUGGCCUACUCGAAAGCUGCUUUUGAAAGAGAGAGCGACGUGCCCCUGAAAAACGAGGAAUUUGAAGUGACCAAAACAGCAGUGUCCCACAGGCCCGGGGCCUUCAAGGCUGAGCUGUCCAAGCUGGUGAUCGUGGCCAAGGCGACACGCAGUGAGCUGUGA